ACAAGGAGGCAGGAGUUCAAAGUUAGCAACGGGUUGCACAACUUCGACGCUGGGUGACUAUUAACAAGCUGGAGUAGCAGCAGCAGCAACAAGAACGCCAGCGAGACAGCAACGCGCCAGCCAGCCAGCCAGCCAGCCAGAGUUUUCUUCUGGGACCUCUUUGAUGUUCUCCUCCUCCUGCCUUUGGGACCUACCAUGGCUCCUUUUGGAAGGAAUCUCUUAAAGACCCGGCACAAAAAUAGGUAAGGGGUUGUUUGGAGAUUCUCUUUCCUGUACUUGUUUGAUUCACACACAGCCGAGCUUUCUCCUAGAAGACGAUCAUCUAAAGAUUAACGCUUCGGGGAAGGGUGCCUAUAUAAACUCAAGUCGGGUAUAUGUCUCUCUCUUUCUCCCCUUUUUUGCACUUUCCACAUGCCUAUAAAUUGGCUUCUCCAACCAUGGCUUUUCAAUAGGAAGAUUCCACCCCACUCUUAUCCCUCCCCUCCCCCUUUAUAAAAAGGUGCUUGUAAGCGCUCGGAUACUGGCGCAGUGCACGACUUUACUACUACUACUACUACUACUAUUUCAUUUCCUCCUGCAAACUGAACGUGUGAAAGAAUGUCCGAGAAAAUUCCAGGGUGGGAUGACAACGUCCUGGCUAGGAGUGGGAACUAAACACAAACGUUACAGCGCCCCUUAUCUGGAAGCAGAUAAGUUUCUGCGCGCAGGAGUUGGCUGGCUGCAAACAGCGGGGACUCGCUUGUUCAUUGAAGGGGGCGGCUCAUGUUUUUGUUCGUGUCCCACCUAAACUUUGCCCAACGUUUGCCUGAAAACUCUCAGGAAUCCACUCUCGCUUCUCAGCAGGCUACAUUCGCUUUUCAGUGUCACCGGAAAAAGAGAUGGGUUCUACAGAGCGAGAAAUCGUGGUCUGGGUUUGCCAGGAAGAGAAAAUUGUUAGCGGAUUGACAAAGCGCACAACUUGCACUCAAGUAAUUGAAGCUCUGCUUGAGGAACAUCAAGCCACCUUUGCAGAAAAGAGGUUUCUUUUUGGACAGCCCAAGGAUUACUGCAUCAUAGAAAAAUGGAGAGGUUCUGAGAGGGUCCUUCCGCCUCUCACUAAAAUGCUGAGACUCUGGAAAGCCUGGGGGGAAGAGCAGCCUAAUUUGCACUUUGUUUUGGUCAAGGCAGAUGCCUUCCCCCCAUUUCCAUUGUGGAGGACAGCUGAAGCCAAGCUUGUACCAAAUCUUGAAAAACCCUGGGACCUGAGCCCAGCCAAUUACAUGAAGAUGUUGCCAAUGGACAAGCAAAAGAGGAUUGUUAGGAAAACCUUCCGGAAGCUGGCCAAACUUAAACAAGAAGGAGUCCUGCAAGAGAGGGACAACAUAGAGACUCUCAUCCACUUGAUCCUUUCUCAGGACCACACCAUUCACCAGCAAAUCAACAGAAUGAAGGAACUGGAUCUAGAAAUCGAACAGUGUGAAGCCAAAUUUCACCUAGAUCAGCUUGAAGGUGAUGGAGGAAAUUAUGUGCAGGAGUCUUAUUUAAUGGUGACAUCCAGUGAUGCUGAAGAAGAAACAGACAUGCCUCACAGCAACCAGCAGAUGCCAGAAAGCUCUGGCAAAGGAGAGGGGAUGUUACAAGUGGAAGAAGGACUAAAGCACCAUAAAGAGCUUAUUGAAAAGCUCUCUGCGGAAAUUGAACGAGAGGUUAAUGACAUUGGAAGAAACGGAGACAUGCGGACAGAGGAACCGCCUAAGGAGGAAAUGGAGAGUUGCGAUGUAGGAAGUGUCAAGAAUGAAUUGGAGAAAAGCAUGAAAGAUGCCUUACGGAUCCAUUCUCAACUAAACUGCAUCCAGCAGGAGUUAAAAUAUAGGGACCUGAUGCUUCAAAAGAAGGAAAAGGAGUAUGAACUGAUUGUGGAAGAGCUUAAUGCUUUGCAUGCUAAGGCCAAAAGUGAAAUCAGGCACCCACCUAAUGAGGAGAAAGCAAAGGACAGUGAAAUUUCCACCAAGAGCUUUACAGGGACUGAUCUCCUUCACAAAGUGACUAGUUUAGACAUAAAUGAUACAGACUCUGAUACUGGAAUCAGUUCCACUCACAGUCAGGACUCGGAAACAGCAAUAGGGGAGACGUUGCUGUUGUCUACAUAGCUGAAAACUGUCCUUGUUUUACUGAGAACAAAUUAGUAAUAUAUAAUGCCCUGGAGAAACAUUAGGAUGAGGUAGAUAAGUGGUAUCUUCUUAUGGGGCCAUGUUCUGGUGGCAUAAGAGCUUCCAAGUUAGAGAACUCCUUGUCAUAAAAAUAAAAAUUCUAGCUGAUUCUCAUAUGUUCUAAACUUACUGAUAGAAAUAAUUUAGUCCGUUCAGCCUAAUAUCACAGUUCCUGUAGGACAGUUCAGAGGCAUUAAAUAAUAUUUUAAAAACCAAAUAGACAUUGGUGGUGAUGAACUGAAAUCUUCAUCUAAAUAAGGAAAAGCAGUUACCCUAUGGGUUAUAUAGUACUGUAUAUACAUUUGUACGUCGUCUGUUUGGACACCAGUUUUCCAUGAAGUAUUGUUUCUCAGUAUUUUACAUAGAACCCACUGCCAAUGCAUUAUAACAUCUCUGGUGAUGAUAACCUUGCUCACUGCACCAUAUAAAAGACCAGUGUGGACAUCAUAUUAUACAUGUUAUAACCUUUGAAAGCUCUUCCCUGCCCUGUGUGCAGAGCAAAGCUGACAAACGUAGGGUUAGGCCUAGCCAUAGAAGGGGAACUCCAUAUACAAUAUACCUGGGACUUUGCAUUCACAAAACAAUAUUUAGGAGUUUCCACAACUUUGAGUUGCAGUAAUUCCUUCUGAGCACCUUUACCCAUUGUUUGCUUCUGAAAAAUUGGUCUUCCAUCUCUCUGAAGCUGGUGCACAUUUUACAGAUCAGCUGCUUCUUUCCUUCAUAUUAUUCAUCUGAAGAGUAAAUUAAGCUUUACAUGACAAAAAAUGAAUAGGUUUUACACUGCCACAGGACGAAAUAAGACCUGGGACCCUUUAUUUGGUAUAUUGUUUAUUAUUACUGCAAACGUCCAACAAAAUGUAUCCGAUAUCAAGGUCCUGGGCAUGAAGACAUAGACAAGAACGAAUUUCGUUAGCUCCUGAACUGAUAUUUUAGACCAGGCCUGUAAAAAUGUUAGACCCAGGCUUCAAGCAAUAUGUAUGCCAUCUGUUAAAAAAAACACCUGGUCAGCUACAGUACAUGGCUGCCAGGCGGAACACCUGUGUGAGAAGCCUGUUUUUAGACAACAAACAAAAAAUAGAAAUAUUUAGAAUGACUAAACAGAAGCUAUAUUCAUUGCAUUCUAAUUGGGAGAUUUGUUUGUUUGUUUGUUUGUUUUUGAAAUGGCUGGGAAAAGACACGUGAUAAUACCUUUUUUAAAAAUAUGGUUUGGUUUUAAUUCGUAUUGCUUAUGUUAUUGUAAUCCACCCCCAAGACCUUAAGGUGAAGGUUGGUUAAUAAAUUUAAUAAUAAUAGCUUGACAAGGAAAACCUUUUUCUGAAUUCUUCAGGCUAUGGUCAGGAUGUUAUGAAGAGAUUUUUCAUAUAGAAUUUUUGGUUGACUGCCUUUUUUAAAAAAAAUGGGGCUGCAUUGUUUGACACAAUAUUAAAUGCUUUAUUAUUGAGCUUUCUAAACUAUCAUUUCUUAAUGGAAACACAUAAAUUCCUGGCCAGCUAUCAUAGAUUUGUAGUAAUUUAUUAAUGCUUCUGAACAUGUUUUUAUUUUUGCGAUUUGCAAUGUAAUUCUCAAAUCUCUAAUAUUAAGAACAGGUUAAUAUCUCUCAUUAUUUUGUUGUCUGAUGUAUUCCUGCAGUUUAUGUUUAUAUAUUCAGGUCUUUCACAUUGUACAAGCUGCAGUUUGCUAGUGCUUCUUGCCCUCACAUUGUGAUAAUUAACUUUGUAGAGUUCUUUGACUGAGUGAAUUUCACCCACACUUAAGGGCUGAUUUUUACGCCCCAUGCAGACUUCUUUGCAAUUUUUAGAGUUAAUGCCUCAAGGUGAUAGGCGUUGGGACUUUCUUCAGUGCAUACUGCAACGAGGGGCAGGGAACCCGUGGCUCUGGAAAUGUAGUGUACAUCAUCCCUGACAGUUGAGCAUAAUGGUAUUUUGAGUCAAAAUGUCUGGAGGGCCAUCCCCACUGAAAGAAAUUGGACAAACUUUCACAUACAGGCUAUUCUACAUCUCAUUUUUUUGCCAAUUACUUUUUAUUGCUUUUCAAGAAAUUAAACAAAUUAGCAUCAAAUAAAUACAAAUUUAAUACAAAUGUAAAAGUUGAUUCCCACCCUGAUUCCAUGAUAUUUCUCUCCCCUCCCUACAUCUCCUUUUUGUUGUUGUUCUGGCAUGUGUUAAAAUGUUCUUGUUGGUUGAGUCAACCAGUUUAACAUUGUCGCUCCUUCUCUACCUUUCUUGUGAGUCUUUGCAUUUGUUCAUUACUUAUGGAAUAGAGAGCAGCCACACUAGAAUUAUGCAAAUAAACAACCUAACCUGAAACCAGAUAAUGUCAAGGUGUGCUCCUCUGGGAAGAGAGUGAGACAAGACUAAAAAAAGUAAGAAGGAGGGUAUCUGCAUCUACUUCACAACAGACAUUGUUUGGAAUCCAGUAAUACCUAAGGUAGCUUUGUGCUGCUUUUCAUGAAAGUAGCAAGAGAGGAGUUGUGUGCCGAGGUACCAAGACAUCCCCCCAAUAACUCACACCUCACACAAUAUUUUAAGUUUAAGGUUUUUGGCAUUAAUUUGGCCACAACUUUAUUUAAAUACAACUGAAUGUGAGUGGUUGCUUAGGCAUUGGUUCUUGCCAUCUGUCCCCCGCCUGGGACAGAUCUGACUCCCACUAGCCUAGUAGGGGAGCCAGUAGGUAAGCACCCUUAGCAGGAGAGAUCGGGGCAGGGGCCACACCCUUGACCUCACCCUCAGAUGCUCCCCGAGACUCAUGCAUGGCCCUGGCCCCUACCGGGGAUACACGGACUACAUGUAUAGCCCCAGCAUUCCUUUAAAGGAAUACCCCUAAAGGCAGCAGCAACCAUGAGGGGCAGGCCCAACCAAAAUCCGUACCCCUCAACCAUCCAAUUUGAACCAAUGCCUAACCGCCAACCUUACAAGUUGUGACUUAUUGCAGCGUAGUAGGCAAAAACCACCUGGCACCAGCCCAUCAGCCAAGUGGCAAAAUUCCUACCAGGCCCCUGAUCUAAAACAGGCGACCCCAUGAGAUGCGCAGCAAGGUUAAUGCAAAAAACCACCUAAAAUUAGAGGAGGGCAGGCAGGAGAUUCCUUGCGAGUAGCAAAGUGGAACUGAAAGCUGCUCUCUAAGCAUAUAUAGGGUUAAGGCUGUCAAUCAAUCAUUUACUACUAGCAAAUUUCCCCAGCAACAGCACACCCAUCAAUCACACAUGUGGCCAUCCAAACUGACCCGCCUCUCCAACUCUGGGAUGUCUUGUUAACCCUUCAACAACCCAUGCUCUCCUUUAUGAGGAGAACCUGCUGAAUGAAGGACUUGUUCUUCCUCAUCCCCUGCAACCAGGUCUCAGUGGAUGAGAAGGUUGUUUGUACCCAUAUCCAAGAGAUGUGUAAUUCUUGCCUUUGUGCAAAAACCUGGAAAACUGGGAACAGUGAUUGAAGGGACCCAUGCUUUUAUGGUGAUAUUGAGUUAGCCUAUGACCAAAGAUCUAUCCGAAUAGGCAACAAUGAAUUUACCAGGACCUACUCCCAAUGCUUAAGGUUGCAGACUUGGCAUGUAACUUCGCAUUCUGAUUUCAGUAUGCCUGAGCGGUGAUUAAGUUGCUAGACUCUGCCCCCUCUAGCACACAAUGUGAAAGUAAAUUUUGUCUGGGACUCACUUCUACAUGAUCAUCCUUGUCCAACAACUCUGGUGUAUUCCAUGUGGUCAUAUAUCCAUCACAGAGCCUUGGGUCAAGGGAAUGGGUUUUUUGGGAAAUGGGGCAGGGGAGAUUUAUUCUGUAAAAAAUAAAUUAGUGUGUUAGGCUUUUCCUGAACAAUCUGUUCUCAUGAAGUGACAGAGGAUCCUCAACUGCUGUGAUGGUGGCAAUGCACCAAGUUGGGUGAUACACAGGCCCCAAUCCAACAGAAGUUAGCUGGGCUGAAAUCCCAUUGGAAUCGACAGAACUUGACUUCAGCAUGACUAACAUGCCUCGCUAAUGUUAAUGGGAAUUAAGUGUAAAUAACUUUUGUUUGUCCAGAGCCUGGGGCUGAAACGCUCAAUUAAUAAUCAUUUAUUGUUGUCUGUAUUCUCCCAUAGUAACAUGUACAAAACAACUUCUUAAGCUCUAUCACUAUAUGUCUCCAGAUUAAAGAGAGGAGUUUAAAUUAAAAUAUUUAUGGUAACUGACAGAUCAUUUAACAGGUCUUUUUUUAACUAGACGACUGCCUCAUAACGUAACUUAAUUAACAUUCAGUUGCAUAGAAAUGUAAAUGGGCAGUAAUUAGAGUUGUGCUAUAUGUAUUUUUGAAAUUAAAGUGAAGUUGAAAAAAUAAAGAAUCUUGCCUUUUUGUUAUUACAGUGUGGAAUGUUCAUGUUCAAGGUCCCAGUCAGUCUACCAUAACUUCCUCAAGGAUACUGCACUCAUCCUGCUUGCCCUAAAUAACAGGCACUCAGCAUUCUAUGGCCACUUUUUGGCCCCUUAAACAUCAUCAUCACCACCACCAUCAUUUACAUUUGAGCAUGCUGAUAUAUGUACUUUGGGCAUGGGUAAUGUCAUUUCAAAGAGACGCGGGUGGCGCUGUGGUGUAAACCACUGAGCCUCUUGGACUUGCCGAUCAGAAGGUCAGCGGUUCGAAUCCCCGCAACGGGGCGAGCUCCCGUUGCGCGGUCCCAGCUCCUGCCAACCUAGCAGUUUGAAAGCACACCAGUGCAAGUAGAUAAAUAGGAACCAUUCCGGCGGGAAGGUAAAUGGUGUUUCUGUGUGCUCUGGUUUUGCCAGAAGUGGCUUAGUCAUGCUGGCCACAUGACCCGAAAAACUGUCUGUGGACAAACGCCAGCUCCCUCGGCCUGUAAAGCGAGAUGAGCGCUGCAACCCCAGAGUCGUCUGUGACUGGACUUAACUGUCAGGGGUCCUUUACCUUUACCUUUUAAAUGUCGUUUUGGUGCAUAAGGAUCAGCACUUGCUUUCAUUCAUAAUAUCACCUCAAAAUGGAUAUUGUAGAGCUAGAAAGGGUUCAGAAAGGAACAGGCAAAAAUGCCAAGGGGAUGGAACAGCUCCCCUAUGAGAAGAAGGAUACAGCAUCUGGGGCUUUUCCGUUUAGGGAAAAGGUUAAUAAGAGGCAGCAUUUUAUAAAUAAGAGUUUAUGAAAUCAUGCAUGACACAGUUUAUAGAGGGAAGUUGUUCUCCCUCUCUCAUAACUAGAACUUAUGGAUGUCCAAUGAAGUUCUGUGGCUGUGUCCUAGGUCUCCAUGGAUGGAGGCAGUUAUUUGAAAUAUAAAUAUGUGUAGAUUUAUUUCAAUAAGAGCUACUAAUCACAUGCUCUACUUUCCUACUGAAAUAAAUCAAACUUUUAAAGCAGAAGGUAAACACAUCUCUCCCUCUCUCACCUGUGUUUCAUAAAUGAAUUUGAUCUCUGCCGACUUUGAAAUGAGAAUAUGCAAGUGAAAAUAUUUAUAUUUUAGAAUAAUGCUUAAUGUGAUUAAGUUCUUUAAAGCAUUACCACACUUUUGUAACUGAAUAAUUUUCAAAUCUAUACAUUAAUUAAAAUACAGCUUCAGGAAUACAUGAAGAAUCAAUAUUCAGUUUAAUUCUGUAGCCCUUUGACAAUAUUAACCCAUGUAGUUUUCAUAAUAUGCUACCUGGCUACUUUUAGCCAGGCUGAUGCUUUCUCUGGUUCACUUAUCAUUCAGUAGUCUGAGCUAAGAAGAUUUGUUAAUACAACACUUAAAAUAUUGACAAUGAAAAUUGCUUAUGUGUUGGGAGCAGGUCUCUCUUAAGUACUUUGUUUUUGUUUAGACAGGACAAACUGGUUAUUUUACUGUGGGUGCAGAUGUUGUAUUCGUAGAUGAGUACUUUGCUAAGGAAGAGCACUGAGUCAUUGCAAGUUGUAAAAGACAAGCCUAUCAGCAAAUCUUCAUAAUAAAUGGAGCUCAUUUUGGAACAGGAAGAAAGGAGCAAGGAAAAGAAGCCUCCCAAAAAUAAAGGUGUAGAGAUGGAAUAAAGAAAUAACUAAUCAUUAAUAUGUGUUCAUGCACCCAGCUGGAGAGACAACAUGGGCAUACAGUAUCUUGUGGCUGAGGUUGAACAGCAUACCUAGGCUGUGUAUUCAUCGUACAAUUCAAGUACACCCCCCCCCCCAAGGAAAGAAUCCUGAGAACUAUAGUUUGUUAAGGAUGUUGGGAAUUGUAUCCCUGUGAGGGGCAAACUACAGUUCCCAGGAUUCACUGGGGGGAACAAUGCUUUAGAUCAGGCAUGUCAAACCUGCGACCCUCCAGAUGUUUUGGACUACAAUUCCCAUCUUCCCCAACCACUGGUCCUGCUAGCUAGGGAUCAUGGGAGUUGUAGGCCAAAACAUCUGGAGGGCCGCAGGUUUGACAUGCCUGCUUUAGAUGUAUGGUGUGUAAGCAGCCAUAGUUUCACAAGUCUGAGUGGACUUUGGGCCUAUGUUUUAACAGAAGUUCCACACUGCAGAUUAUAUUGAAUAGGAGGCAGCUUCCAAAAGCACUGUGACAAGCUAUUUUAAGAAAAUAAACAAAAUCCCACUGGAUAUUCCUAAGGCUUUAAAGUGACUGAAAAUAGAUCUUUCAUUCUGGCCCUUACUGUUACAUCCCUUAAAAGGGUUGACCGCCUUUUAAGUGUGCAGGAUUUAAUUUGUAGUUUUUCUUACUUGAACGCCAAGAUCCACCGAGUCAGGUGCAAGAUGAUGAGCCUAUUUUGCAUGUGUGCUCAGUACAAGAGUUCUCAUUUUCUCAUUUUGACAGCCUUGAUUUAUGGCCAGUAAAGCGAGAUGAGCGCCACAACCCCAGAGUCGUCUGCGACUGGACCUAACGGUCAGGGGUGUCCCUUUACCAUUUUUAAGUGCCCAUAACUAUAACUCCAUAGCAUUCUAGCAUUCAAAGCAUACUUGAUUAUUACUGAAGAAAUGACCCACCCACCCCCAAACUCUGCACUCUAAAUUUGCUUAACCAGACUUGGGUAUAAGUGACUCAGGAUGUUUCCAGAUGGACUGUUUAAUUUUGUAAUUACCCCUCACUUUUAUAGUUCAAUUAUAGUAAGGCAUCAACAUUUUCUGACCAUAUGGGGAAUCUUGAACUUUUCAGCUGAAUUAAUGGCUAUAUGUUGUCUCCCUGAAGCAUUGGUGUGUAUCACCAACUUCACUGCUCUGGCUUCUUUGGCAAUUUGUUUGACCAUUAAGGCUACAGAACCAGCUGCAAAGCAAUAGAACUGGUAUGAUGACUCUCAUAAAAACAGUAUAUCUUAAUCACAUCAACUACUUCCCCUUUCAAAGGAAUCCAUAAGGACAUCAGCUAUUGUUCAGACUUGGAGGCACAGGAAGGUAUUUUUGUGGUGCUCAGCAGAGAGGUUCAUUUAGACAUACUUAGAGCAAAUGUCAAAAGCGUCAGAGCAAGAUGGCCUGGGGGUUUGAUAUUGAUACUGACCUUUUUAGCUUGCAGACUAUUGAUUGUUUCGUUGGUGAUCGUACGAAGGAAGAAAUUGACAGCCAGCAGGGAUGGAGGGCUCUUCAUUCUUUUCACACUGAACAGUUCCCUCCAAGGCCACAUGGAUCCCUCUGCCCAAAAAGAAACCCUUCUAGUGGGAUGUAGAAAAGUUCCCUUAAUUCACCCUGUCCUUAUUUGUCCUUUUGGAGCCUCCUCUAAAAAUCCAAAACAAGCUGAUAAGUAGGGGUGUAUAUGGGAUCCAGGUGAGUCCUGAGCCAAAUCAGGCUAAUUCAGAGGGAUUUGGGAGAGUCCUGAGAUGAGUGACUCCUUCAAAAUUGCUUAGAAGCAAAUCUGGGUUCUCCUAGAGUUUCAGGAACAAACAGAACUGCAGGCAGUGUGUCUGCAAAAAUUGUUCCCCAAGCUUGUCCUAGAAGGAACAUGCCAGACCUUAGAUGGCAGGUAGAGCAAGCUGGUGUGUCUGUUUAGUUUUGUGACUGACAGGCCUAGUGUCUAAUACAGUCAAACCUCAGUUUACACCUACCUCGGCGAGCGACUGCCGCGGACCCGGAAGUGUUUACACACUUCCGGAUGCUCUAUCGGAAGCGCUCUAUUGGCGCUUUGCGCACGCGCAGAAGCGUACCUUCGGGUAGCGACCGCUUCAGGGAGCAACCACCUCCGCGGAAUGGAUUGUGGUCACAAACCGAGGUACCACUGUAAGGGAAUUAUUUUACCACAGUCUCUAGACACAGUUUUUUGGGGGAGGGAUGUUGAAGUGAUACGUAUAUCAUGUUCUUGUCUGAAUCACAACACUCACAGGCUGCCACACAAGCUCAUCAGAAUUUUAGUUAAUGGUGUAUUGAUUGAGAAUUAAAGUCGAGGCAUAUAUGGAAGCAAUUGAUGUUUCUUCGUAGGCUGCUCGUGAUUUAAAUGGGAACUUUCAUUUCAUUUUAGUCAUUUCUUGAACACGCAGGGUUGGAUGUUUGAUGAGUAAAGCAAAAACACCCAUUGACAAAAAUUAAACACAUUCAUUUACUAGAUUAAAAUAUUCAUUCUCCCCUCAUUCAGUAUUUUUUUGUGAAAAAAAUGGAAAUAACCAGUCAUGAACUGACUAUAUUUAACUAGAAUCUAGUGCAGAUGUAAUGUCCCAUUGGACUAAAAUUUUGCACCACGGUAUUUUAAAUGCACCCUAUAAUUAACAACAGCUCAAGCCUCAAGAUAAAUGCUUUGGAUCUAGAACAUGGAUCUGCCAGAUUAUUAGACUGUCAUCCGGCGAUGCUUCCCUUCAAAGUUUGAAGAUGACUAAAGUCAUGCACCACUUUAUUUGUU